AUGAAACGUCUUCCUGCUUCUCUGUGUCUGCUCGGAUGUAUUCUGUGGGCCUCAAGUCAAAGCAGUGUCUCAGCCUCAGAGUUUCAUCUGGAAGGAGAUUAUUUGUUAGGUGGACUUUUUAAUAUUCAUUACAUCAGCAGUCACGUUCUUCACGACAGACCAGAAGGAAUCGAUUGCUCCAGUCAAACCCUAUUUCCUUCAAAUUAUCGAAUGUUUCAGUUGAUGAGAUUUGCUGUAGAGGAAAUCAAUAACUCCACCAGCCUACUGCCAAAUGUAUCUCUUGGCUACGAAAUAUUUGACUACUGCUCAGACACUCACAACUUUCCUGAAAUGUUCGACUUCCUCUCAGUCAAUGACUUAACCCAAGCUCGGGGUGAACCACGCAAGCAACGCGCAAAUAAGGCGAACAUUCCCAAAGUAAUAUCAGUGGUUGGUCCCUUUACAAGCACUCAGGCACUGACUAUUGCCCCACUGUUCAUGGUGGACAUUAUUCCUGUGGUGAGUUAUGGAGCGUCUAGCUCUGUCCUAUCAGACAAAUGGGUGUACCCGUCUUUCUCACGCACAGUGAGUCCGAAUGCAGAUGUCAUACAAGUGAUCAUUGAUAUUUUGCAACACUUUAAAUGGCACUGGGUUGCUUUCCUGAACAGUGAUAACAGUUUUGGCAAUGAUGGACUCGAAAUGUUCAUUAAUGGAAUUGAGGAUACUGAUAUCUGCCUGGCAUACAAAAAAGGCCUUCAUGAAAAUUCAAAUUACUCCAACAUAUUCAGACAGAUAGAUGAACAGCAAAUACAUGUAAUUAUUGUUUUCGCUUCAAUAGUAUGGGCUGAAAUUCUCAUUGAGUCAGCGAUACAGCUAAACAUCACACACAAGGUCUGGAUCGCAGAUGACGGAUGGGCUUUGCACAGGAGGCUCCCCAAGAUGAAAGGAAUCAGGAAUAUUGGCACGGUGCUUGGGAUCUCGCAAUCAAAAAUGACAAUACCUGGGUUUGAUGAUUAUAUCUAUUCCUCUCUAAGUCGGACUCUCUGUGAGAGCGAAAAACAAUUCAGGUUUUGUACUCAGGUUCACAACUGCAGCAACUUGAGUGCUGAAGAUGUCAUUGGUGCAGACCCAUCUUUCUCUUUCCCUGUGUAUUCUGCUGUGUAUGCCAUCGCCCAUGCCUUACACAAUGUAUUGCAAUGUGGAGCCGGGAUAUGUAACGACAACAUUACAGUGUACCCAUAUCUGGUUCAAGCAGAGCUGAUGAAGUCAAAUUUUACACUUUUAAAUCAAAGUAUUCAGUUUGAUGAAAAUGGUGACCCCAGGUUCGGACACUAUUCCAUAGUGUUCUGGAAUGAGAGUGGUUUUCCACAGGAGAUCGGUUUUUACAGUUUUUACGCAUCAUCCAAUUUCUUCAUCAACAACACAUUAAUAAAGUGGUUCACAGAUGGAGAGGUUCCGACUUCAGUGUGUUCCCCAGAAUGUUCUGUUGGAUUUGCAAAGGAGCCAGAUGCAAUCCACAAAUGCUGCUUCAUUUGUGAAAUGUGUGCGCCUGGAACCUAUAUCAACACCACAGAAAAUCCCUACGACUGCAUAGAAUGUGCAGAGACAGAAUGGUCUACAGAAGCAAGUACGUCAUGUAAUCUUCGGUUGGUGGAGUACAUCAGAUUCACAGACAGUGCAGCCAUACUGAUCAUGGUCGGGGCCUUGAUCUUGGUGGGCAUCACACUCGCCAUGUCUGUUCUCUUUGCCAUUAACUACAACACUCCUGUUGUCAGAUCAGCUGGGGGACCAAUGUGCUUCCUAAUCUUAGGCUGCCUUUGUCUGAGUAGUUUUAGCGUGUUCUUUUACAUUGACAAGCCAACAUUUUAUUUUUGCAUCCUGAGGUACUUCCCAUUCUUUUUGUUUUACACGGUUUGUAUUGCAUGCUUUGUUGUGCGCUCUUUUCAAAUUGUUUGCAUUUUUACAAUAGCUGCCAAGUUUCCCAAUGCCCACAGUUGGUGGAUAAAAUAUCACGGACAAUGGCUGGUCAUCACCGUGAUAUCCGUCACCCAGGCACUCUUCCUUGUCAUUGGCUAUUCACAAGGACCACCCAAGCCCAUAGAAACAUUGUGGUACCCAGACAAAAUCCUACUCGAAUGUGACGUGAAUAUGAAAGUCAAUUAUGCUUCUAUUACUUUACUUGUAUUGUUGUGCUCUCUUUGUUUUGUUUUCUCCUACAUGGGAAAAGACCUUCCAAAAAAUUACAAUGAGGCCAAAGUAAUAACUUUCUGUCUGCUCCUGCUGAUCCUCACCUGGGUCCUUUUUGGCACUUACCACAACCUCACACGUGGCAACAGUAUUACAACUCUUAAUGCUGUGGCAGUACUCUUCAGUCUCUACUGCUUUCUCCUGUGGUAUUUCCUGCCAAAAUGUUACAUCAUCGUUUUUCAACCUCACAAAAACACACAGCAGUAUUUCCAAGGACUCAUUCAAAAUUAUACCAAAACAAUUAGCCAGUAGCUGAUUUCAGUGAAAGUGUCCCUCCGUGUAGCUGGUGUGACUCAGGCGUUAUGAAAGAGUACAAUACAUUGCUAAUAAUCUAUGAAUCAUCCUACUUUGGGAUUAUGGAAUGUUAUAACAAUGAAAACAUGAAGCACUUAAACAUAGUUGAACACGAGGCCCAUUUGCUGUUCA